GGUAGAGUGGCACCAUUUUUAUAAUUCCAUGCUUUUUUAGCUUUCAACUAAAAGUGCUUUCUGACCAAUCAUUAAUCUCCCCCCUCUAAGAACAUCAUGCUUUUAUUUAAAUGUUUAUAUGAACUGGCAGCAUCUUUGCUUGAGUCUUAAGUUUCUAUUAAACUCUCAUUUUUUCAAUUUUAUCACACUUCCAAAGGUUAAAAAAAUGGGAAGACAACCUUGUUGUGAUAAGGUUGGUUUGAAGAGAGGACCAUGGACUAUUGAAGAAGAUCACAAGCUUGUGAGUUUCAUCCUCAACAAUGGCAUUCAUUGUUGGAGAAUGGUUCCUAAACUUGCAGGUCUUUUAAGAUGUGGAAAGAGUUGUAGAUUGAGAUGGAUUAAUUAUCUAAGGCCAGACCUCAAGAGAGGUAACUAUACUGAAAUUGAAGAGGAUCAAAUUAUUCAACUACAUGCACGUCUUGGUAACAGGUGGUCAAAGAUUGCUUCACAUUUUCCUGGAAGAACGGACAAUGAAAUUAAAAACCAUUGGAACACUAAAAUCAAGAAGAAGCUGAAGUUACUGGGUGUGGACCCUUUGACUCAUAAGCCAAUUGAGCAAAAGCAACAAAUUGAUGAUGAUGAUGAUGAUGACAAAAAUAAAACUAACAAACAACCAAAUAAUAUUUCAGCAGGGUAUGAAGAAAAUGUGGGAAUAAAGUUGUUGGGCAGUGAUGGCACCAAAGAAAAUAAGGUGACAUGGGAUGAUACUGCUUUUGAAAUGUUAUGCUCAAAUUUGGACUUAGGAACAUGGAUGAAUCAAGACACCAACACUAGCACUAAUUCUGUAUCUAGUUCUUGUGUUUCUAUGGAUGAUACUAGCCACAUUUCUGUUGAUGAAUCCUCUUACCUUCACCAAAAUUCCUUACAAGAAUGGGUUAAUAGUAUGAAUUCCAUUCUCUCAUGGGAUGGCUUUAAUCCUCUUGACCAAGAUAUUUCUUUUUUGGAAAGGAAUAAGUAACCACCUCUUCUAAACUAGCCAUACUUUGAAUUUUAAUUCUACCAAAUAAAUGCAUCUGUGUGAUGAAUUGACAUGAUCUUUGUUUUGUAAUCUUAAAUUUACAAUGAAGAUUAUUCAAAGAAAGUGCAAUGUGAGUCUACAAAUCUCAAAUUGAUAGUAGUGAGUGGUUUUCUAAAUGCACGCACGGAACCAAGUCCCUUAGUUCUACAAACUCUCAACCAAAAAUAUGUUCUAGCUAGUAAUAUAUAGAAUGGUGCAACUUUUAUCCCUGCAUUUUUUUUGGUUGCAUUGAUGCUUAAUGUGAUGAUGAUUCUAUAUUGAAUGCAAAAUGUAUUUUUAUUAUA